UUUUCCCCAUGUCAUUGCAGCAAGACAUCUUGAAGUAUUAUGCCGUCCAAUAUCCCAAGUCAAGUAAACAGCAAACCGUUCCAUACAUCCCUUGCUCGAUCUUCGAAACCGUCCUGGUCGACUGCUUCGACCGAGACAUCGCCACCGGUAUCCAUGGAAUGCUUCAAUGCCUACAGCUCAACCUCGCCCCGGUAGCCCUGCCAAACCGCUGCUAUCUCCUCAUCCUGUAUCACCUCCUAGACAAAACCGAACUCGACACCGAAAGGCAGGCAAUACUCAUCUGCAUUUUGCAGUACAUACACGCCUUCAUCAACUCGCAUCCCGCUAUUCCGCUUAUGUGGUGCAACGACAUGGCCAAGGCCUGGCACGACUUCUUCCUUCGUCCCCUCGAAAGCCUGGCCAAAGCUCUAGAAACGUCCGCCUCCAAACAAGAACUGCCCUGCAAAAAUUUCGUAGACAAAUACGCCGUGCAGCUGAACCUGCUAAACAGUAUCAUCAAUAUAGAAAACGGCUCGAAUUUCGCAGAUCACCUUACUUUUCGACACCUCAUUGUCUAUACUUGCAAGCAGAGCCGGUCGUAUAACCGUCUUUUAAAAUACAUUUUUUUCAUACUCUCGAAAUCCCACGUUCUCAACUCGGACGCAUACCUCUCCGAUAAGCUCCACGCCCACGACCAACUAGAACUCAUCGAUGCUCACGACGCUGAAGACAACAACCAAGUCUCUAUUUUCAAAAUCCAAUCCGCUAUCGUUGAACUUCUUGAACACGUUCUGGAAUCCUUGAAGUGCACCGAGCACUUCACCGACCCAAUUCUCAAGUACCUCCAGACGCUCGACAACAAACAACUUGUAUACAUUUUCUCUCACUUAUCAGUUUGCCGUCCAACCGUAUACCUGUCCCUUAUUGACCAACUCAUCAUGAAGUGCUUCGAAAUGCACAUCAGUUCGAGUGAACUUGUACCGGAACAACCCUGUGCCAAAAAAUAUAUUCACGUUUAUCUCAACGCCCGGCCGCUCAACCACCAAAAAAAUAAAAAAAAUAAGCGUAACGUUGUCGACAAUACCGCCUUCAAUCUAACGUUCCUGGCCAUCAACUUGAGACUGGUCCUAGACGUCAUGGACUACCCGUCCAAAUUUAACUCUCAGCAAAAAAAGCUAGUCUGCGAAGGAACCAAAAAGAUUUUACGCGAAUUCCACUCCAAUUCCGAACUCUGCAACUCUUCUACAAAGGACUGCGAAGUUCAGCUCAAAAAACUAGUAGACUACACGCAGUUCUUUUGUUCCGAGUGAAUAACCAGCACAAUGAAAUCACUAUAAAACCCACUUCAAUCAGCAAAGCCAAAACUCCAAAAAAGAAAAUGCUGUAGCGCUCCUUAGCUUUCCACGCUUCGUCAUGCCAAACCUCAGCCUAUAGUCUAAAAAACCCGUCCUGAUAAUUUUGGUCUCAUUGCCAAUCCAAACAUUGAUACGAAUUCGUCGCUUCUCAAUGUCUGCGCUCAUACUACUGAGCGCUUCAAUAUCACACACCUCACCGAGAGUUUCGUCUGUUUGAAGGUCUACCCGCCUUCAGCGCGCCUGCUAAAAUGAACGCUGUUGUACUAUCUUUCAAAAUACAAACCAAUGUACACCACCGCCACAAAGCUAAAAGCGAAUUUAAUGUGCAACACCCUUAAACCAUAUAAGCCAUCGAGCACAAAAUUGCAACUUAUUAUAUAUCAGCAUGUGCGUGAAUUUGAGGGGUUGCAGUAAUUUAAUUCUGUGACUACUCACGUGCCUUUCGCAGUAUCCCAAAUUUUUGGCCUUCGCGCCAGUGAACUCGCCGAUGGGAAUGGCUACGACCAAACUGAUAUACACGGCAACACCUUCAACUAUUCGCUCGUUGUACCGUGAAAACAAAGCUUGAUUUCAGAAACAAGCAUUUGCGGGAACCUGGUAUUAACCAAUAGGAUAUGAACACAGACUCUGUGCUGCAACUGACCAGCAAGAGGCGCUACUUGGUCGAAAAAAUAGAAUCAUGAAAGGCUUGCUUUAUUCAAAAAGUCCAUAACGAACACACGGCAAAGCGAGCCAAAAAUGUAUUCAAGACCUCAAAAAUCAAUUUUAAAGAUGUUUAUGUUUUUAGUACAU